AUGAAAUAUCCCGGAAAUCUACCGAACAACGAAGUCGAAUUUGUUUGUGGACGUUUGGUGCACGUUUGAAUUUCUCUACAGAUAAUUAGUGAAAAUGUCGAUCGGAGUGCCCAUCAAAGUUCUUCACGAGGCUGAGGGACACAUAGUGACCUGUGAAACCAACACUGGCGAGGUUUACAGAGGCAAACUCAUCGAGGCAGAGGACAACAUGAACUGCCAGAUGGCAAACAUCACAGUCACAUACAGAGACGGUCGUGUGGCUCAGCUGGAGCAGGUGUAUAUUAGAGGCAGUAAGAUCAGGUUUCUCAUCCUGCCUGACAUGCUGAAAAAUGCUCCGAUGUUAAAAAGUAUGAAGAACAAAAAUCCGGCAGCUGGUGCCGGUCGAGGAAAAGCAGCCAUUCUCAAAGCCCAAGUGGCGGCCAGAGGACGUGGUCGUGGUGGACCAGGACGAGGGAACGUUUUCCAAAAAAGGCGCUAGUUUUACUGAGAUAUUUUUUUAAAUAUUUUUUUAAAGUUUAAACUUUUUUUUUUCUAUAUAUAAAUUUGGUCUGAUUUGUUUUAUAAUGUUCAUUUUAUGCUUUGUGAAAUAAAUGGGUGACUUUUGAUAUUUUCUCAAA